UUCAAACAAGGCAGACAGACGGAGAGACAGUGAGUCGGACGGGCCUGAGUGACGGAGGGGGAAUCGAGCUCUGGACAAACCGCUGCACCACACACUCCAAACAAGAACUGUUGUCUUUUGAGAGAGAGAGAGAGAGAGAGAGAAGAAGAAAAGAAAAAAAAAGCAAAGCGAGUGAAGAAAAGAAAAGAGGCAGAGUCACUGUGGAUCAUUUUCAGGGGGAAUAUCCUGCACCACAACUCGUUUGUUUCCUCUUUCUCUGUCGUCUUCCCCCCUCCUCUCACAUCUCGAUGCUUUGCUUUGGGAUUUGUGCUCCAAAUCCACCAAAUUCCUCUUCUGAUCUUUGUCUUUGUCAUCUGAAACAUUUUGAGUUACAGAUUUUUUCCAGAACUUUGCAACCCAACAAACUGACACAGACGUUUGCAGGAUUUCACUCGGACUAAAAAAAAAAAAAACAAAGAAAGAAAGAAAAAAGAAAGAGUUGAAUCCAAACCUGUUUGUGGAAUGAAUUUAACGGAGCCCAGCUUGUCCAGAGAGACUCUUCUGCAUGCCAGCCGGGUGUCUCUCGGGGGCCCCUGGGCGUCCAGAACCCCGAGUCCUGCUUCUGAUUCUGAGAUGGGUUUCGAGCAGAGCCUCUCCGGGGACUGCAGUUCUCCCGACGGCCUCGGCAGCGGGAGCAUGAGGAGAGCAGAAGCGAGGAUUUCUCUCACGCCCAGUUCAGGGGGACAGAGUCCAGACUUGACCCAGGCGGGAGGUGCGUCCACGGGCACGGGCGACGGGAAGGCCGCGGGGGGCGAGCAGAGGAUCCGCAGGCCCAUGAACGCCUUCAUGGUGUGGGCUAAAGAUGAGAGGAAGCGACUGGCCCUGCAGAACCCCGACCUGCACAACGCCGUGCUCAGCAAGAUGCUCGGUCAGUCUUGGAAGGCCUUGAGCGCUACAGACAAGCGGCCGUUUGUGGAGGAAGCAGAGCGUCUCCGGGUCCAGCACCUCCAGGACCACCCGAACUACAAGUACAGGCCUCGCCGCAAGAAGACCACCAAGAAACUCAAGCGGGUCGAGCCGGGGCUUCUGCUCCACAGCCUGUCCCAAGGCGGGGCGUCAGGCAUUGGAUUAGGACAUGGUGUCAAUCCCUUGGGUGCAGAUGGCAUCUCUGGGGGUGCUUAUGGACAUCCAAGCGGGCACCCCACCCACCACCACCACUCUCACCACCUGCUGCCCUCUCUUGGGCACUUCAGGGACCUCCAGGCCCCCGGACACCCAGAGCUGGAGAGCUACGGCCUGCCCACUCCGGAGAUGUCGCCUCUGGAUAUUUUGGAAGAUGGAGCUGGGGAAUCUGUGUUUUUCCCCCAACAUAUGCAAGAGGAGGCUGGGAUGGGGGGCUGGAGUGGGUACCACCACCACCUACACCACCACAACCAGCAUUACGGCCAUAAUUACAACAACCACAGUCACCACAACUCUAUACACGGUGCAGCAACAUACAGUCAGAGCUCAGGAAUGAGUGUCGGCCCCAGUUUGAGUCCUGGUAGAAGUUCUAGAGUUGAUUCAAGAAUGAGCUCUGUUGAGUCAAAUAUGACCUCAAGCAUGAGCUCCGUCACUUCUGGUCUGGCGAAUUCAGUCAACUCCAGGUUAAAUCCCACUCAUGCGACAGGUCACCACAUCGCCUUGAGGAGUCCCGUGAAGUGCCCACCACCUCUAUCCGACUCCUCCUCCCCUGUUUCCUACUCCCAGCCCUCCAUCAGCCUCCCAGAGCCCAUCAAAUCCCACCAAACGCCACACCAGGCCACAGCUCCCGUCGGCUACUUCGGCCAGAUGUACGGGAGCAGCGCCCCGAACGCUGCGUAUUACAUGCCGUCUCACCUGGGCCAGCUUUCACCUCCUCCUGAAACUUCCCCAUCUUCCUGCUCCUCCACCUCCAUCGUCCAGUCAGCCUUCCCUCCCACUUUGUCCUUAGACCACUCAAAUCCAGAGUCCUCCGGUCAUUUGGGGUCUUCCUCUUCUGCCGAGUUUUGGUCCGAGGUGGACAGACACGAAUUCGACCAGUAUGUGAAUGUCGGCAGGAACCGAGAGGAGCUGUAUGGACGUGGUGGUGGCUGUGGGAGUGGGAUGAAGGUCCUGAGUGGGCGCAGUAGCAGUAGUGCAGGUAACAGCAUGAACAGCAGUGUCAUCAACAGGGAUGUCAGCAGCAUUUUGAACAGUGCCGGUGGCUGCGAUGAAGGCAGCAGCCCUCUCAUAUCUGCUCUCUCUGACGCCAGCAGCGCCGUCUACUACAGCGCCUGUAUCACUGGAUAAACACUCCACAGUCUCAUCUCAUACUUACCACCUCGCAUACCACACAGAUUGAUUUGGUUUCCAUUGAACUAUUGUUAGUACACGAUAGGGAGGAAGUACAUCAGAAAGGUUAAACUUUUAGUCAAGUUAUUGUCCUUGUUAUUAUCUUUUAUUGAUGCCAAAUUUAGUUUCCAAAAAAGGUUUUCUUUGAAUGCUAUAAAAAAAGAGAAAGAUGCUGAUGAGUGAUUUUCAUUGUAGGAAUGCUGACUGGAGCCGGAGCUGAGUAGAGCCAAAAACAACCACAGUCGUUGUAAAAACGUGCCAAUUUGUAGAAGAACAACUGACAAAGAAAACACAUAUUUAAACACAUAAAUGCUAAUUCCUUAUUUUCAGAUAACUCAGUGUAUUCCUGAAUGUUUAUCUCAGUCCUUGAAAGCUUCAGGUUAGUGUAGGAUGUGGAUGGAUGAGUAGCUCUUGGCAUCUUUUGUUGGCAGAAGCUCAAAACAGCAAACAAAGUCGUGAUUUUCUGCUGAGCGACUGCAAAAAUCAGCUACUGUCGAUCAAUAAACUAGCAUAGCAGAUGAUAUUAGCUUACGGUGUUCGCUAAACUCACCAUUUCUGUUGCUGCUGUCACUCUGAGCUCGAUGCAUUUUAGUUAAGAUGUCGUUUUUUUGAUCCAAAUGAACAGAAACCAAAGCUCUGAGGGAGGUAAAGGCUAAAAGGCAGGUGGACAGCAGCGUAGCAUAGCAUUGUGUUUUCAGUUGUUUAUCAAGGUGUGCUAAUGGUGCAUUUCAUUUCAACUGGGAAGUCGGACUUUGUGUCUUGGAAAGUCAGGACGCACCUCAGCGACGCCAACGUUAAAGUCCAAGAUGGCUGUUCUGUGCAGCAGCAGCGCUGUCGUCCACACAAUCCUGUCCAGCUUCUGUCUGUGGACAUGUUGCUUCAGUGUGUGUGUGUGAGCAAAAUACAGCAAAAUACAUUGUUAUCAAUCGCUAUUGCUAACUAUGGCUAACAUGAAUAGAACCGUGACAUCAUUUUGUGCUCUGAUUUUCCAGCUUCCGAGUUAAAUGAAAUGCACCAGGAGGUCUUUAUCAAUGACGGGAUACAUUUAUGAUGUGGGAAUUGUUGUGGCGGCUGCACAGUCUGAAGGAAGUAGGAUACUGACAAAUGUUUUUCUUAAAUAAGGUGCCAGAGGUUUUGUUUUUCUGCGCUCUGACCCCUCUGGUGAUGAACUACAGGAGUUUUUACUCCAGCAAAACUGUUUCUUCAUUUGCACUGUGUGUUCUCGGAAAAUAACAACAAAUCUGAACUUCAAAAUCAUCUCAUAUUUUUAAAUAUUUUUGUUGACGUUUCAUCUCAGGACCAGACACGUAUUCAUCUCACUGAACUUCAUUAAGUUUAGAUAAGUCAUCUCAUUUGUUUAAUGGGAACAAAGAAGGGACAAAGUCCGGAGAUGGACGGUGAGAAAAAGACUCGAUCCAGCCUCCACAUAUCUUCUCCGCAGUGAUGCCGGGAAAAGCCUUGGCCACAGACCCCAGCGCAGACCACUGAUGUCUCCCACAAACUAUCAGGAUGUUUUACAAGCCGGGUCGGGUUCUUUUCUGACCGUGAUACAUGCCGUUCCCUCCCAGUCUCAGUCCACGAGAGCCCCAUGUCAAACUCCCUGCCAAACUCUGCAAGUUUUGAUGUUGCUUUGCUUCUUUGGCAAGAUCACGAUACGAAAAGAUCAUUCUUCUCUAACCAGUAAGCCUCCCUGGUUCAACGCGGAUAUCGGUUUGUUUAAACAAAAUGUUCCUUUUUCAGAGAUCAAAAACUGUAAUUUAGUCUGACAAAUGACAGAAAAUUGGGCUCUACGUAUCAAGUCCUUUGUGGUUGAUCCUGAAAACAUCAGCAGCGCCAUUUUAUACUUGAAUCUCAUCACGCAAAGCAACGUUAGACUCCAGAUAUUGGUGAGCAGUCUGAUCUCUCCAAGGCUCCAUUUAUAAUUUCACAGCAAUUAUUACAGGAACUGCGGGAUGACGGCCGAUGUGCUGAGGGGUUUUUAUGAUAUUCUGAAACAUUGAUUUGAUGUUUACUGUAUAUAUAUAUAUAGAUGCCUUCUUGGCAGUAUGUGAAGGAGAAACUGAGACUAUGAAAUGUUCUCUUUGCACUGGGUUUUAACGUCUUAGCUGUAUAGAAGAAACACUACUUAUAAUCAAGUCGAACGUCCAUAAUUUUAAAACAUGUUUUUGUACAGAAAGGAUCGUGUUUAUUUCGUUUUAUAGACUCUGUUUUUUAAAAAAUGAAUUCUUUAAAGGAUACUAUGAGGAUUUUUGAGGAAUAGGCUGAUUUGUUUCCUCAUGAGCAUAUUUUUCCCCCCGAAAAAAUGUCAAACUGUUCCUUUAAAGAGUAUUUGAUUAUAAGAGGCAGUGGAGUGGCAGGCUUCCACUGGUCUCCUCUUCGUUCUUCUCCGCCACAGUGUUGUGUAUCAUAAACUCGCCUUCAAAAGGAAGUCAGUAAUUGUGAAGAUCUCUUCAGACCUCUGUGGGUCUUCGGGGGUUUAUCGGGGUUACAUGUUACAGUUUGCUCUCCCAGUGACACCAGCGAACGAGAAAACUUUCCCUCCCACUCAGAUGUUAUUCACCUAAAUGACUGGAAAUUAAAAAUGAGAACUUGGUGGUUUUGUUUGUGCUGAGAAAAUCAACAGUUGGAGCCACUGUAGAGGUCUCUCUGUGUGUUUACGUAGCAUUUAUCCUGUAAUAUUAUUGUAUACAGCGGGGAGUAAAAAAAAAAAACAACAAAAAAAAACAGAAGUCUCUCUCUCUCUCUUCAAGGUUUUUUAUCCGGCAUCUGUUCCGCGUUAGUCCGACAGACAAUACGUUUUUUUGGACAUGAAACAGUAGAAGAAAAAUCGAGGAUCUUGUACAGUGAAACAAUUUAUAUUUACCACACUGUUCAUUGUGGCUGCCGCUGGUUAAAAAACAGAGAAACAGUAGAUUUUUCCGAACAUUUCCUCAGGAGGGACGGAGCCACAAGCAGCAGUUCAAGUAAAGUAUUAUAAAAAAUAAAAAAAAAGAAAAGAAAAAUACUUCUUACAUCUGCAUUUGACAUUCUUUUGUGUUGACACCAAACACAGUCUUGUUUCCAUUUUAAUUUAUUGUGACACAUAAAGAACAUCAGAGAGACAGGCGUUUUUUUAGGUUUUUUUUUUUUUUUUGGAGUCGUGCAAUAACUCUGAGGCUUUUGGUAAUAAUUAUCUGAAGGGGGAAAAAAAAAAAAAGAAAAGAAACUGAAACACCCAAAGAUUUUGGGAUUGAAAUCAAAGGGGCAUUUUCUCAGCAGUCAUAUAACGACAAAUUAAAACCAGGAUUUUCCCAGAAGUGUCACUGUGAUGCCUUUCAACAUGUCUGACAGGGACCAGUGUUCUAUGUUCCUCUAGUAAAAAUGUUUUGUUUGUGUUUAUAUUUGAGGUAAAAAAAUAAAUAAAUAAAUAAGUGUGUUGGCUGUAAAUGUUUGAUUUGUUCUGUUUUAUAAAAUAAUUUUACAAAAUAAACACUUCUAAGUUUG